GAUUCUACUGUACGAUUUUUCCUGCUACUCGCUGCCGCGCACAUUAUACCACCGACAAGCGAGACGGGCGUUUUUUGGAGGAAACCCAAGGGACCACCGGAACGGAUUGCACGUCAUUUCUCCUGCUGUACCACCAGUAAAAAAACAAAAACGAUUCCCGAGAAACGAUCACGGUUACACAAGCCGUUAUCACUCAGGAUGACUUUCCAGGCCAAAUUAAGAUGGACCCCACGAGAUCCAGGACUUACUCUCGGGAUUCUAAAAAUGGAUCCGAGGAACAUUUCGAUUCCACCCGCGGCCUGCUACUGUGUUACAGAACCAGCACGAUAUUCUUUUCUCCUUCUUCUUCUUCUUCUCCUGCGCCAUCCCUGAUGGCCUUCAUAGGGCGGCGGCGCAACUUUGGAAAACAUAAACGGGUUCUUUUUUUUUGGAGGGAGGGAACGUAUUUCCUUUGUCACGGCCGGAAUUUCCUUUGUUCUUCUUGUCUUUUUUUCCUAUGUGCUGGAAAUUCUCCUUAUCUUAUGAAUUGAUGUAUUUCUAUACCCCAGGCUGAUUGGCAUAGUAUAUAUUGCUGCUCUGCCCUUUUUAUUUCAAACCAAAUAUAUCUAGACUUUUG